AUGUGGGCGCUGCGUGGUAAGCGGGGAAUCGACGUUCCCAAAAAAGAGACCCUGCAAACAAUGAUGGGGGGGACCGUUACCGGCACCGUCAAGACCUUGCAGCAGCUUCGGACCAUGUCCGGACUGAACGUCCUCGACUUCUUUCCCGUUGGCAAUUCCGGUGAGCUGUCAGUCCCGGACCACUUCGAUUUGACCUGUGCUGCGAUCGUUAACGUGUUGAAAUUUGGUCUCUCUGCCACCUCCGCGGACAACGCUGCAGCUCUGGCGCGCUUGCUGCCCAUGGAGCAGGCCAUGCUUUCGGCGCGGGGUACGCUGCGCAUGCAAGCCCUCCGUCAUAUGGGCGAUUUUCAGGGGAGGGGGUCGCGGGGGACCUUCGCCGACCUCCCUAACGACGAUUUUCGGGAAUGGGCAAAUGCGGUAAUGUUGUGGAUGUUACCGAUGCAGAAUUUGCCGGUGCCGCCGGAGUCUUUCGAGCGCUUUGGCCCCCCGCCGGUUCCUCGGUUCGAUGGCAUCAACGGCUUCUCCAUGUCCGGGAGCAUUGCGCUACGGAUGUUCGGGACUGUGGGUGGUGGAGGUGGGGCGACUCCUGCGUGUGCCGCCAUGCGACUGGGGGCGGCAAGGGUGGCGGCGGCGGUGGGGGUCGCGCUUCGGGUGGAGGGGGAGCCUCGGGCGCCGCGACCGAUGGCGGAAGCGGCUCCUCGGCGUUGGUCGUUCGCCGGGGAGAUGGCAGCAACUGAGGACACGGGCUCUGCCUUUCGGCGGGGCCAACUCCACAGUCGUGUGGGAGCGUAGAUCAGACAGCGAGGCCGGGUUCCCGAGCGCUUGGGGCCGCCGCGUUGGCGGCGGCGGGCGUGGGCGUUGAUCGAGGGGCGUGUGUGCCCGGGGCUGUCUCUUCAUUGCUACCAGGUGAUGUCUCGUUUAGGUCGAUUGCGGGUUCGCGUGAACUUUGCGUAUGGCGAUCUCGUGUGUCUGCUUUGGCAGCGGUGUGUUCACCCUCCGAUAUGGGUGUGGGUCUUAGUGAGGUGGCUUCCGCUGGUUCCGCCUUGCUUAGACAGUGUGGGGGGCGUAUUGAAGUGCUCGUGGCGGCCGGUGGUGCCGGCUUCUUUGCGCCCCAUGUCAAUGUUGCGUCGGUUCGUGAAUUUUUUGGGGUCUCGAAACGUUUUCCGCAAAUUGACAACCUCCUCCGCGUGUUGUGUCCUGGCGCGCCGGUCGAUGUCGCGCCGGGGGGGUGUCUAGACGCCGAAUUAAAAUACGGCAACCAUUCCAGCAUUUUACCAUACACUCCGCAGAUCAUUGACAAGAUCGUUUCGGAUGUUACGUUAGGUCGUGCUCUCGUCUUCGACGUGCAGUUCAUCCGUGAAAUUUUGGGUGUGCGUGUUUCCCCCCUUGGGGUGGUGGACGAUCCGAAAUUCCGCAUCAUUCAUGAUCUCACAUUCACAGCGGCUGGUGCGCAGUCUAGCGUCAAUGCAGAUACAGAUUUUGAUCGUGCCCCCGAGUGUCUGUUGGGACAAGUACUUUUCGAUGUCUUGUCGCGCGUCCUCUUUUUGCGCCAAUUGCACGGGCCGACUCUCGAGAUUUUGCUCUGCCGUAUUGACGUGCGUGAGGCUUUUCGCCAAGUGUUGGUCGACCCUUCGAGGGCGUCGGUAUUCGGAUACACGAUGGGGGACGUGGUCGUCAUCGACCUUCGUUGCCAGUUUGGUUGGCGUUCCAGCCCAGGUUUUUGGUCGCUGUUUGGUUCCGCUCUUGAGCAUGCACACACCCACACUACUUUUCAGACAGCUUCUGUGUUACCUGCCGGAGUUGCGGCGGUUGAUCAUGUUCAGCUUGUUCCUCCCCAAAACCUCCCCGUAUCGUUACCGAGUGAUUGUGCCCAAAUUUCUAUGGAGGGCGGUUUCGCUGGUUCCGCGUUUUUCGUUCGGUAUUAUGUGGAUGACGGUGUGCUUGUCGAGGCGCGGUUUUUCACGGAUGGUCGUCGUUGCCUACGUGCAGUGCAGUCGAUCGCGUCGGACCAUUUCCGUCUGCUGGGACACCGGGGGCCAAACGAUCCUCCGUUGUUGUCUGCAAAGAAAAUCACCGAUUUUUCGACGCGUUUGGAGGUGUUGGGAUGGAUUUUAGACACGCAAACUCUCACAGUGACCAUGCCUCUGCGAAAACAACAGAAAUUAAACCGCUUGUUGGGCGAGUGGCCGCGGUCGCGUCGGUGUGCGACUGCCCGUCACGUCGCGGAAUUGACCGGUUUUCUUCUUCACGUGUCUUUUGCCUUGCGUCCGGGCAAAUUUUUCGUCGGCUGUCUGCUGGCCGACGUCGGCAUGCCGCAGUCCGAAGUGUUUCCUUCGCGUGUUUCUAACCCCAAUCGGCGUGUCGUGUUGGGGCCCAUGUUUCACGAUGAUUUGGAUUUUUGGCGCUGGUUUGCGCAGCGAGGUCUGGCGUCGCGUGGCGGCCAGUUGUGUGCACCGAUGUACAAUGUGGUGCUUCGUCCUCCGGUAAUGGCUGUGUUUGCCGAUGCUUCCAAAACGGCGUUUGGAGCAUACUGUGUGCAAACUGGGUGUUAUUUCCGGCGUGAUCUGACGUGUGACGAGCAGUCCCGCUUUGUGGGGUCUAGCAAGUCUGUAUCCGAGUGUGCCGAUGUCAGUAUCAAUGUUCUUGAGCUACUCGGCAUGGUCGCGGCGGCAUGGGUGUUGAUUGUGCAACAGCGUCAUGUGCCGGUGUCGGCUGGUGACUGUAUCCAGUUGCGGGGAGACAAUGAAGCGAGUGUGGCAUGGAUUGAGCGGUGUCGCGGAGGCAAGGAGCCGCGGUCAGGCGCGCUCAUGCGGAUGCUGGGGGCGAUUGAAGUGUCUAGCGGGUGGCUUUUCCAAUCGUCCCAUGUGCCUGGUGUGCUCAAUUCGCUUGCUGAUGGUAUUUCUCGCUGGCCCGCCGCUGAUGUGUACGACAACCUUUGUGCCGCUGCCCCCCAUAUACGAUGGCAGGAAGUGGAGUUGAAUC